GGCCAGAUCUGGCAGAUAGCUGAUAUGAGAACUUUGCUGACUUCAGAAAGCUGAGUGUAACACCAACAGACUUCAGUGAAAGGAGAUAUUAUCCCUCCAAGCAACUCAUGCACAGACAACAUUUGGUAGCUUUAAAUUAACAUGUUGCUCACCUGCAAAGACACAGCUAUUGUUUCUUUCAGCACACAUGGAGGAAGGCAACAAACUUUGUAACCCUGGCUAAUAAGACUGUGGCUUUCUUAUCAAAAGUAGGAGGUAGGCCAAUUAUAAAAGGAUUAUUUUAUACUUAGCCUCCAGAACUUUAACUCUGGCCUGAACACUGGACAUAAAUAGAAGGCAAUUUUAGUGACCUGAGAUCUUGCUACCUGUGCUUUAUUAUUGUUAUCAGUUCUUUAACAUUUUGGUACUUUAUUUCUUUAAAUUAGAAAUGGGUUUGUGGACUAGAAGGUGGCCCACAGAUUGGGCUAUUGUCAUGAAAUCAUGGCUCAUCUUUUCCCUGGGGCUCUACAUGCAGGUCUCCAAAACUUUGUCCUGCCCAAAAGUGUGCCGCUGUGAUCGAAACUUUGUCUACUGUAACGAGCGAAGCUUGACCUCAGUGCCUCUUGGGAUACCGGAGGGUGUAACCGUCCUCUACCUCCAUAAUAACCAAAUUAAUAAUGCUGGUUUUCCUGCAGAGUUGCACAAUGUCCAGUCUGUACACACAGUCUACCUGUAUGGCAACCAAUUGGACGAAUUUCCCAUGAACCUGCCCAAGAACGUCAGGGUUCUCCACUUGCAGGAAAACAACAUUCAGACCAUUUCUCGGGCUGCCCUUGCUCAGCUUUUGAAGCUGGAAGAGCUGCACCUGGAUGACAACUCCAUCUCCACUGUUGGCGUUGAGGAUGGGGCAUUCCGGGAAGCCAUCAGCCUCAAGCUUCUGUUCUUGUCCAAGAAUCACUUAAGCAGUGUACCAGUAGGCCUUCCGGUGGACUUACAAGAACUUCGAGUAGACGAAAACCGAAUUGCUGUCAUUUCAGACCUGGCCUUCCAGAAUCUCACAAGUCUGGAGCGUCUGAUUGUGGAUGGCAACCUCCUUACUAAUAAAGGCAUCGCUGAAGGCACCUUCAGCCACCUCUCCAAGCUCAAGGAAUUCUCAAUAGUGCGGAAUUCACUGACCUACCCUCCUCCUGAUCUUCCAGGUACACAUCUGCUAAGGCUCUACUUACAGGACAACCAGAUAACCCAUAUACCACUUACAGCCUUUUCAAACCUCCACAAGCUGGAACGUCUUGAUAUUUCCAACAAUCAACUUCGGAUGUUGGUAAAAGGUGUAUUUGAUAACCUCCACAACCUGAGGCAACUCACUGUAAGGAAUAAUCCUUGGUUGUGUGACUGCAGUAUUAAGUGGGUCACUGAAUGGCUCAAAUUUAUUCCCACUUCCAUCAAUGUAAGGGGUUUUAUGUGCCAGGGACCAGAGCAGGUCCGAGGUAUGGCAGUCAGGGAGCUUAAUAUGAAUAUGUUGUCAUGCCCCACCACUACCCCUGGUCUGCCACUUAUCAUCACCCCAGUCCCAGCUACAGCCAUGCCAACUACAGUAGUUCCCACCUCAUCAGUUCCUCCCCCAGGCAGCAAACAUAACCCUCUCACUCCCACCAUAGCCACCCUCCCCACUGUGCCUGACAAGGAGGACGGAGAAAGGGUGACAUCUCCUAUGUCUGAACGGAUUCAGCUCUCCAUCCAUUUUGUGAAUGACACUUGCAUCCAAGUUAACUGGAUGUCUCUUUUUACCGUGAUGGCAUAUAAACUCACAUGGGUUAAAAUGGGCCAUAGUCUGGUAGGAGGAAUUGUUCAGGAACGAAUAGUUAGUGGUGAGAGGCAACACUUAAGCUUGGUAAAUCUGGAGCCCAAAUCCACCUAUCGAAUUUGUUUGGUUCCACUGGAUACUUAUAACAAUUACCGAACUGGAGAAGACACUGUCUGUUCAGAAGCCACAACCAAGGCUUCCUUUUUGAGCAAUGGCAGCAACAUCCCCUCCAGCCAUGAGCAGACGAAUUCUCAGAACCUGGGCUCACCAUUUCUGCUGGCAGGGUUGAUUGGGGGUGCCGUGGUAUUUGUCCUUGUGGUCCUGCUCAGCAUUUUUUGCUGGCACAUGCACAAAAAAGGGCGUUACACCUCCCAGAAGUGGAAAUAUAACCGGGGCCGUCGGAAAGAUGACUACUGCGAGGCAGGGACCAAGAAGGAUAACUCCAUCCUGGAGAUGACGGAAACCAGCUUCCAGAUUGUCUCCUUAAAUAAUGAUCAGCUCCUUAAAGGAGAUUACAGACUGCAGCCCAUUUAUACCCCAAACGGGGGCAUUAACUACACAGACUGCCACAUCCCCAACAACAUCCGAUACUGCAACAGCAAUGUCUCAGACCUGGAGCACUGUCAUACAUGAUAGUGAGGGGAGAUGGGGGUGCCUAAGACAAAGAGAAAAAACUCUGGAAAAAAUAACCCCCGAACAGCAAUGAAAAAAUUACAUUUGAUAAAUGUUACAAAGAUGCAUUUAUGCAUUUGAAUACUCUGUAAUUUAUACGGUGUACUAUAUAAUGGGAUUUAAAAGAAGUGCUAUCUUUUCUAUUUCAAGUUAAUUGCAAAUGGUUUUGUAACUCUUUGCUUUUUAAAUCUUUAAAAAUAUUGCUAAGUACUGUAUGGGGUUGUACAAUAAGAACCCAAUGUCAUGGCAAAGGAAAGAAUGACUCAUUCUUUAAAUAUUAACCACUUUGCUGUCGAAGCUAUCUGAGGGAUGUUAAAUUUCUAGGUGUCCUGUAGUACAGGAGAAUAAGUGCAUAUUAAAACAGGGUCACUAGGAAUGGUUAAAAACGAUUUGGAUGAAGUGGGUACAACCCUUCUGACUUGAACCUAGCAGUUGCUGUUGAGCUUCAAACAACUGGAAAUACUGCCAUUCCCCUUUAUCAGUUCUGCAUUUCCUACCUCCAACUGGAAGCUGGAGUUCUGAGUGCUACCAAAAAGGCUACUUUCUGGUUUGAUUAGUUUUCUCCCAAUAUACUUGGAAUAGGAAAGGUAGACAGAGCUCAGUGUCAAACUCAAAGUGACCUUGAUUCCUGUUUGCAAAAGCUACUCUGAAAAUG